ACUUUCUUCUACCGUUGUGCUGGCUGUCAUCAAAUUGUCACCAAGUCUGAUAUGGUGUUUCGCGUACGAUCAAGAGCUUUCCAUUUGGAUUGCUUUCGCUGUGCCAUAUGUGAGCGUCUAAUCCAGCCUGGUGAAGAGAUCGCAUUCGAGGCGGACCGAGUCUGUUGUCUAUCUCAUAUACAAAUAAUACACGAUGUCUCAGGCACGAAGUCACAAACCACCACCAAAGAGCCGGCCAUGAUCACCUUUGAUCACGCGGUAAAAUUUGAAAUGGAAGACGCUUUAAGAUCGAAGGAGUUACGUCCAGGAAAGAGGCCGUUGGAGAUUGGUACAACUUCCGACUGCGCGACGUUGAAUGCCUUUAUUCCGUCAUCGCCACCUGCUGUUCGACGGAAUCAAGGAUUGCUACCCUCAUUACUGCUCAAUCGAUCGGAUCAUCUCAAAUCAGCCGAGGCGAUCGAACUGGAUGAAGCCAUCGUAUACGAGGAUUUGUGUACGGCAAGUGAAGAGAGGAAAAAGAAACCACCAACUGAUCGUCUUCUCAAGUUCAAUGAAACAGAGUUUCCCGAUGCCUUCUGUCCUUCAAGUCCAUCUUGCCGACCAAACAGUUGUGGAAGUUCGCUGGGUGUGGCGAUUCGUGAUACAGGCGAGAGUGGUGCGAACGUGAAUUCCUCAAACCAUCCACAACUUAGCGAAACACUGUCCGGCCGGUUGUGUCCAUCCUUGGAGCUACCUGGCUCGGGACCUUUGGUCGGUCGAUCGACGCAAAUAGACAAUAGUCCCCUGACUGCAAGUAGUGAACUUAGCCAUGACGAUGAAGGCAGUCUUUUGGGAUUGACCAAUAUGAAUCAUGGCCAAGGAGACUCUGGCCUGAAUACCCUCAAUGGUCCCGGGACCUUGGUCGCUGGCGGUGGGACACCCUUAUCCCAUGGCUACGGAAGCACUCCGGUUGGUAUAUGUGGUGGAAGUCGGACGGGAAGUGGGAGUUCGAGCAGCGGAACCAGCGUCACCGGAGGGUGCGGUGACGAAGUUGUCCACAGUGUGUCGGUCACUCGAGUGGGUGGUUUGCGAAACGGCAAAUCUGGUGGAUCGAAACGGUCAAAGGAUCAAAAAACCACACGUGUUCGAACUGUACUCAAUGAAAAGCAGCUCCACACAUUGCGAACAUGCUACGCCGCGAAUCCUCGCCCAGAUGCUCUGAUGAAAGAACAAUUGGUCGAAAUGACUAGCCUGAGUCCUCGAGUCAUUCGUGUUUGGUUUCAGAACAAGCGAUGCAAAGACAAGAAGAGGCAAAUACUACUCAAACAGAUGGAACAACAUCAACAGAAUGGAGGGCGUCCGGGACACUUGCACGGUAUUUCCAUGAUCGCAAGCAGCCCCGUUAGAAACGACCCCAACAUGUUGUGUUCUAGCUCGGCGAUCGAUGUUCAACAAGUCCUUGGACCCUACUGGAAAAGCCCGCCAAAUAGUGAGCACCCACCUAGAACUGGGAUCCAUUGUUCCGUUUUCAAACCCAGCAGUCCGUAUGCUCACCCCAUACAAUCCAAACUGAAUCGAAGUGCGUCACCUUGUCUGUCUGCCAUGAUGAAUGCUCAUGGGCUGAAUGGUCCCGGCAAUGAAACACCCGUCUGCUACCCAACAAAUCUUUCUGCUCUGGGCAAUCUAAUGACCUCGUUCGCAUCGGCGGCCAGUGGCUCCAAUUCACCAACCCAAGCCGAUCGAUCGAGGUUUGGACUAAUGGCUCCGCAAGGAAGUACACCUGUCCUCCCGCCUGGGUUCCCGGAAGAUCAACAUUCCCAACCUCCGAUCGCCGCUUUUCAGCAACUGGUCUCUAAUUUCGAUACCACCGACAGCCCGACGGUUCACAUUCCUGGUGGUAGCAUCCUUCCAACUCCAGUGUGCUUCAGUAACAACGAGUUCCCGAAAGCGCCCCCAUUGCCACCGCAAUCAAUGUCUUGUGACAAUGUCCUCUUUUCAUCACUCACGUCUCAGCUUCAACCAAGCUUGCCAGUCGCACCGUCAAGUCGCAUUGAAGUCACUAGCCUGGAUAGCCUGCCCUGCCCGAACGCCACUCCUUCCUCCGUUGGUUUCUCCACUUUGAACAAUGUUCCUCUCUUCAAUGCGCCUCCUUUGGCAGCGACCCCCCUUCCCCCACUCAGUCCAAAUACAGUCACGCUAAACAUGCUUUCAUCCUCUCCUCAACAAGCUACACACUAUGCCAUGGGCUCCUAUCUUCAUGGUCAAGUCGGACUGAUCACGUCCUCUUCAAGGGCAAGUCUGUCAACUUAA